AAUUAAUCGAUCGAUAUGGCUAGCUCUACGUCCCUUAAGCUUGCAUGUGUGUUGGCGUUGUGCUUGGUCGUGGGUGCACCACUGGCUCAAGGGGCCAUAUCCUGCGGUCAAGUCUCGAGCUCCCUAGCACCCUGCAUACCUUACUUGACCAAUGGCGGCGAAGUUCCACCGGCGUGCUGCGGUGGCGUCAAAUAUCUCAACGCCGCCGCCCAAACAACACCCGACCGCCAAUCAGCCUGCAACUGCCUCAAAAGUGCGGCCGCCAGCGUGAAUGGCAUCAACUACAGCUUUGCAAGUGAACUCCCAGGCAAGUGCGGUGUCAGCAUCCCCUACCAUAUCAGCCCCAGCACCGACUGCAAAAGCGUCAAGUGAAGGUCCGGACAUGGAAGUUGGUCGGCAAAUGGAACGGAGGAUAAUGAUAACUA